GGACAUCGUGCGGCGGUGAUUCCACGAGCUGUGAAACAACACACAGAGACGAAGGGGCGCGAGAGUGAAUCUCGCUAGGACUCGCUGCAGGUGUUAGUGAGGUCUGGUGUGUAGGAACUGCUGAAGCAUCGGGUGGCCACCGUCGAGAGAAUCGCCAACAGAUAUAGAGAAUCGCGUGAGCCGUGUGGAAGUAACUGCGGAAAAAUUGAAGCAAAAAUCUCACUCUUUUGUUAUUAUUAUAUCAUCAUCACAAAAAUCAAACAGCGUCGUAAUAAAGCGGAACAACAUAUUGUAUGCGUGCAAGUGGUUCGAUUAGUUCUGUAGUUUGGGGCGUUCAUCGAUGAGGUUCCGGCAAGUAGAAAAAAAGUGAAUUUCAUACACACACACCCGGGAACGGCGGUAGAGGAGGAAUGACGGCUUGAGUGUGGCGACAAUGGCAAACAUUAGCGGGAGUAAUGACGCGAUAAAUAGAUGUAAUCAGACACGAAAAACUGAUGUGUACAUACAAGAGAGAUAAUCGACAAAGUGUUCCACACGGAGAAUCAGCAGCAGAAGUUACCGGAAAAAAACGUCGACUAAAAUGGCCGUCGAUCAAAGUUCGGCUCGAGAGUAGAGUAUCUCGUGGAGAAGAGCUCGCAUGUGAGCAGUGUUAGCGCGAAAAAAAAAUACACCAUAAGCUAUUUAUCCAGGACAUUUUCCACCAUACAAAAAGGGCAGUCAAAGGCGAAUUUUCGCUGAUGCGUAGAUUGCGGAAACACGCAGACAAACAACCACCACGUAACGAACCGACCAAGUAAUCGAUAAUCAAUAAGCGGAGUCUUUGAAGCCAAAAAAAAAAAAACGUACGCGAGAGCAAAACCAAAAUACGCACUUAGAAUAGUCUCACAUCCCGGCAGUGCUCGGUGGCUCUGUCAUUCCGAAGGGGUUCGUCGACAUCUACGGUACCAUAGUAGGCGAGCUGCUGCAGUCCGUCAGGAGCAAUGCUGUCGAAUGUUUACAACCAUCGGCGUCGUCAAUCGUGUCUCAAACCGUUCCGAUACAAUCGAACCGUCAAUUGUACCGUCAACAGCAGUGAGAAAACCUGAACGUCCGACCGGAACGGUCAGUCAUUUAGUUCUACUAUAGUAACAACGUAGUGGUGUUGCGGUGAAACUACGGCACACGAAAACGCCAUCACACCGGUCCUUAUCAGUAACGUCUCGUCGCAAAAGGGGUGACUUUCGGUGUCAGGAAAGCAGAAAUCCACCGGCAUCCCUCCGUAGGUCGUCCAGCGGAAUUACGUGUGUAGUGAAAGUAGCAACUGUUUCCGUCGUCCGGGUGUUGAAACGGUUAAAAUAUCGCUCGCAAAAUGGGCGAAAUCUGUUAUCUCGAUGUAUUGUGCAAACUCAUUCGUUGAUUGUUGUGUCAAACCAAAAAGCAAAAAAAAAAAGUUACAAUCUGUUACAUACGCUGUUGGGCUUAAUCGUAUCGAUUGUUUUGCUCCGUGAUGGGGCACGAAUAUACAUGCAUUCGAUUACAAGAUAAGCAGCAAAGGAACAAAUGGAAACAAGUUAUAGGCAAAGCUGCUAAAAGCUGGGCCGAAAACUAGGUAAAAUAAAGUGUGUUAAUAACUGUGAUAUUACGUAAAGUUACGAAUAAGCCGAAAUUCGUCAGUCCGGCAUCGAAAAAAAAGAAGCGAAAAAAAGUAGGAAUAUUUUUGGUGUGUCCUCGCAAUCGACCGACCGACCGGACACGGCAAGGUGUGUGACAGCUGGAAGAAAACGGCACUCGAAGGCGAAAGAAAAUCGUCGUUAGCACGCAGCACAACAUCCAUUUUCGUCCCCAAGGCCAUUGAACCGUCGAAACCGUCGUUGCGUUGCUGUUAUUGUUGUUGUGGGUUUCGUCGGAAGGUUGCCAAGUCAGGCAAGUGGACGGCGGAGAAAAGGAGACGCACCAUUUCUCGCAGGUCCUGCGAACGGUGAAGAACACGGACCGACCGUCACUCGCAGGCGUGAAUGACAAUGGACUUCACACCGCUGCCGACGGAGCUGGAGGAGUUGAUACAGUGCAGCUGCUGCCAUCUGCCGUUCAACGACACGGACGCCAUCCCGAAGCUGUUUUCCUGUAGGCACUAUUUCUGUCUGAAAUGCGUCAGCCAGGUGCUUAUGAAGGGUACCGAGCUGUACUGUGUGCACUGCUGGAAACGUACCGAACUGAGUGGAUCGGAUAUGAAACCGGAGAAUCUACCGACACACAGUGCGAUACUUUAUUUGUCGCAAAAUUUGAGCAUGAUAUCGAGUGGAAGCGGAGGUUCGGGAACUGGCAGCGUUAGUGGCGGUGGUGGUGGUGGUGGUGCGGGUGCGGGUGCAGGUAUGUGUGGAACCGGUGGAAGUUGCAACAAAAAACCUCCCGACAAGAGUGGAACGAACGGAACUAGCGGAAUAGUAACCGCCACGGCAGGGGGUUUAGGCAACGGAAACGGAACCAGUAGUGCAAGCGGAUCGAAUGGAAGUUCAAGUACAAACGGUAACCUCGGAAUAGGUAGUAAUAGUGCGAAUACGGGUGGUGCCAUCGGUUCCGGAAAGUAUAGAAAUAAGGGCGAAAACUGUCACACACAUGCGAUGCCGAAUGCGCUUUGGUGUCUGAAGUGCAACAUCAUCCUGUGCCGGGCCUGUGCCAGCACCGAGGAACACCGGAAUCACACCGUCAAGACGCAAGCCGAAGCACGCGACCAGAUCCGGUCCGAUAUCGCUUCGGAUUUGCUGUUGAUGCAAAAGUCCCUAUCGGAGCUGCAGCAUUUCGUAUUUAAGCAGCGCGACUUUUUGCUCAAAAUCCUAGAAGCAUGUACGGCGCUGAAGACUCAGGUUGAAACGGAACUGAUCAAUCAUCUGCCCACGUUCGAGGUGGCAGAAAUUCGAAGUAAUCUUACGAAAGCGAAACUAUUCCUUAGCAUGCUCGAUCAGCAAUCGCCGGCGGAAGCGUACAAACUGUACGCCAAUUUGAAUAUCGAAAAACAGCGCUUACAGUCGAAGUACCAGGAGAUGUACCUGCAGUGUAAGCUCGACGAUUUGAUACAACACUACGGAAUUCUGUUUGAUUUCGAACUGAUCAAACAGGCCCUCUCGAAUUUAAACACAAUCGAUCCGAUUUCCUUCGGCAACGGUGCCAUCGGAGGCCUCGGAGUGACCGCCGGUGGUACCACAAUCAACGGGCAUCACAACUCGAUACUGUUGCUUGCCAACUAUUGCAUUUCGCAGCUGUACUCACGUCACAUUCUUACCUCAAAACAUCAUCACCAACAACAGCAACAGCAGCAGCAGCAACAGUCGCAGCAUAUUGAUCCUAGCCUGAACUAUGCAAUAUCAUCGCCCUCGCAGGGUUCUUCGGCGGUUCCCCAUUCGCCGAAUCACAGCGGAUUGCUCGGAGAACCGCCCGGCAUAACACAGACGCAACACUCCGGAAGCUACGCUAGUCAAUUGAACGAUAUGGCCAUCAUCAUUGCUCCGCCUUUGCACCAAUCGGGAAGCCGAACCGGUGUCGAUGGUAGCAGUUCGGCACGUACUUCCGGGUCCGGAUCGACAUAUCUGAGCGAAAUUCUGAACGGUAGCGCAUUGCAGCAUUUGCAUCAACAUUCCGGUUCUUCCCAACAUCAGCCGUUGACCCCACCCGGCCAUCCGCUGUCAUCAUCUUCUUCCAGUGUGGUUUCACUAGUUCCUUCUUCCGCCCAGCAGCAGGUCCAGAAGCAAGUACAGGCAGCCGCUGUCGGUUCCUCGCUCAUCUGUAACCCGUCGGUGCACGUCUAUCCGAUCUACUAUUUCAACAUCGAAAUCAACGGUCAACCAUUUGGGCGGAUCCUGAUCGAGGUUCGUAGCGACGUCGCACCGAAAAUGGCGAAAAACUUCGGUGCCCUGUGCAGCGGUGAUCUCGGUUUCGGCUACAAAGGUUGUAGCAUUUUCCAGUGCUGGGAAAACGAAAGCAUCAUCACCGGAGAUUUCGAGCUGAACAACGGGCGCGGUGGACGAUCGGUGUUUGAGGAAGGGUUCUUCAUGCCGGACGACACCAAGAUUCUGGCGAUCCGUGGUUCGGUCGGUAUGAGACGCAGUCAGAAGCGUCACGACAACAUGGGCCUGGUGGGUUCACAGUUCCGGAUCAUUCUGCGGGAGAUGCGUGGUUUCACCGGCAUCUUUGCGUUUGUCGUCGAAGGACUCGAACUGGUCGAGAAGAUCAGCCAGGCGGGCGAUUCGGCCGGCAAACCGCAGAGCAACGUGAUGAUCGUCAACUGCGGUAAGUGGCAGUGAGGGUGCGCCGCGGUGGGUAGUUGUUUACCUGGCAGGGCGGCGAUGCUGACCGGUUUCCUUCCUUAGCGGUGAGGUGAUUUUUUUUCUGUUUGUUUUAUAAAUUGUUUUUAUUCUAUCUAAUUUUACUCGUUGGAGGCAUACACAAACACACGUAGGUAGAGACAGGCUGUUGUUAGUUUUGUAUACACUUGUUUCGGUAUUAGAGCUUUAGUUGUUAGGGCGUUAUGUUUCUGUAUAGUACCUAAAUAGUAGCCGAAUAGUAAUAGUGAAGGACAAGGUGCGCUGAGGGUUGCUGGGGAUUCAGGAGGACAGUACUGGAUUGGGUUCGAAUUUUGCAAUUUGGUGUCGUUCGAAGAGCUGUUGUCCUUGACAUAGAAAAAAAAACAAAAACACUUUAACAUUGCUGAUUAAAGGCUUCUUGGCUCCAUAUCAAGUUCCAGUUUGUUCUUUACAAAUUUUUAGUUAAUCGAGCUUUGCCUCAAGGUAGCAAUCUGGAACUUGUGUUCUUUUGAAUGUUUUAGGGCGCACGUUUAGUGUGCAAUUUUUUUUUUGGAUCCCUUGUCUAAGCUAGGCUAAUCAGGAUUGGCCUUUUCUUUACUAUGAGCAGAAGAAUCGAAUUUCAAAAAUUUUCAGAUCACUCCACAUUAUUCAGAUCUAGAAAAAACACAGUUCGGUGUAAUUUUAAAUUGAGAAUGAAUUAACACAAAAAUGUUUGAUGGAAAUAAUGUUCUUAGAAUCCGGAUAAUUUUGGAUGAAUAUGUUGAAAUGAGAAAGCUUUGUGACAAAUGAAUCGAAAGUGGACUCACAAGCACAGUGUAGUAAAACCUCAUUCUAUUCAACUGAAACCGAAUGUGGCACACACUGCAGAUCACUCUGCUGCAGUAAACUUCACACAACAUUGGCUGACGUAUCGAAUGGGUAGCAUUCAGUUCUUCAUUUGUUUCUUUUUCAAUCGAAACUCAGUUUAACCACCCGUCAGUUGAUCUCUUCAAAUAACAAAAUAUCUCUUUUAAUUGAAUGAGAGAGCGCCCUUCAACUGAGGUUCAUAUAAACAUUCGAAUUGGUUCUAGAUAAUAGACGUAAGGUUACAGAAUAAACAUAAAUUAAUUGUUUCCUCUUUCAGUUUUUAUUCUUAAUACUUUGGAACGCAUCUCAAUAUACAUAUUUCAAACAGUCAAAAAUAACCGUUUUAAAUUUGCUGGUGAUAAUCGAAAACUCAAUUGAGAAUCGCCAUCCACUAUUUAUAAUUCUGACCGUUGAGAAAUUUGAUACCCGAAUUGAUGUUCAUUCGAAUUUACUCACAACCAACAGCGAAGACAAUGAAGCAGGUAGGCUACUUGGCACUUGAAACUGAGCAAGCAAAACCUCAAAUGACUAGGUAGGAUUAUUCAACUGACGAUUAAUUCUGGGAGCAUCAUUUGAGUAUGGCAACAAAAUUCAAUUGAAUGAGAAGUUUGCUGACAGUGAAUGACCAAACAUUUCAUUUUCGUCAAAUAAUAUUCAAUUGAAAAUGAAAAUUUACCUCACUGCUUACAAGUAUCGAUUUUGGCAGAGUUGCACACUCUCAACAAAAACAGGUGAGUCACUGAAAGCAAAGCAAAAUCUUCGUGUUACAUUCCUUUUGUGGAAUUUAACCAUUCUGCUUGAACAGACUUUUAGACAAAUUUUAAGACGUACACUGAACUGACAGUCUAUUCUUGGUGCAUAGAAUCAACAAUCAAGUUCCAAUUAAGUCUUGCAAAUUUUCAGCUGAUCGAACGUUACCUCAAGGUAGUAAACUGGAACUUGUGUUCUUUUGAAUGUUUCGGGGCGCACUUUUAGUAAGUGCAUUUUUACGGCUCCGUGAGCAAACUAAACUAAUCAUGUAAAAUUUUAGAUCCGAAUUGGAAUUAUAUUUCACUCGUCAUUAGUAUGAACAAAAUAGCUGCGAGACCUUGUGAUGCUCAGUUACAAAAAUCAAUUGAGAUUGAUCGAAAUGUUUGCUUAGUCCGAUUGAAAUUAUAUUCCAUUCUGAUUGAGUUGUUUUGAAGUUUUUUUUGUUUCGAUUCUAGAGGUUUCAACCCUCAGGUCAUUCGCCUCUUCGGGCCAGAAAAACUCUCUGACCCUAUGUGCGGGGUUGGGAAUCAAACCCAGACGGGUUGCGUGAAAAGAAUCGACUUACCCAUCACGCUAUAUCCCUCCCCUAAAGUUUUUGAAGUUGAAUUAUCCGGAAUAACAGAGGACAUAAAAAUUUCAUGCCAUUUCAUUAGCUCAAUGGAGACAAAAUGUUGCGGUUUUUUAUCCAAACCAUCAUGUUCUAAGGUAUAGUCUUUACAAAACACUUCGAGAAAACGUUCAUAGUUUCCAUUUUUUUUUGUUAACUGAAUGUAAGUUUUUGGGGCGAACUGAACUUUUAAAAUUUCCCCUAAAAACAAGAACGUUACAUUGCCAUUAUAAUAACAUUACAUUUGUUCUAUAAUAACACUAAAAUAUUUACAGCAUGAAACAGUUAGUGCUUGUAAAUUUUAUAUCUGCGUUAUAUAAUCACAUCAAGCUAACUAUGAUGCUAUGAAAUUGCAGUGCUUUUAUGCAUUUACAUUUCAAAUAGAUGGCUUAAUCACAAUGUUAAGGUUACAAUACGACAUCUAUGUCGUAUUAAUGUCGAUUCCAUGCUAGUUUAGUGCUAUCGCCUAAUGCUUGUGGUUCCUAAGGACUAAUCUCGCAGAACAGUUGUCGUAUAAUCGAGCCUCGAUCUGGACAGAAUCGAAGCACCUCCAUCAGCAUAACAUAUUUAAAAUACUUUUCAUUUUGAUAAUUGUUGAUUUUUGUUAUUUUAACUAUUAACGAGACCAAACUUACAUUGGCACUUGUUACAAAAACUACGCUAUAAGUAAACAUGAUGAUGCUGAUGAUCGUGACUAGCCAUGCAAUUGUCUUGUAAAUUUAGGAACCGGUGGCGAAGUCUGUUGAAACAGAACGGUAUGUGGUAUCCUGAUCCUACAUUUUUUACUUUGUUCUGUAAGUUAGAUCCUUUGUUACGUGAGGACUAGAGGAAUUCUUGUCAACAUUUAUAUAAGUCGAUUAAAUAUGACCGAUUAAAUCCGACUAAACCGAACCGAUCCGAUUAAACCGAUUAAAAAUAAGUGGAUUAAAUAUGAUUGAACAUGAACUGUCUUGCCAUUCUCAGACCGACAGGCUAUGCAACUAGGGAUGGCGGUAUUGUGAUCGAUUAAUAAUCCAAAUAAUCGAUUGAAAUUAAAUUUCGAUCGAUUAGUUUGAAACUAAUAUUUGAUUAUAAAAUAUUCGAUUCGAUUUAAAAAAAUCAAUUCAGUCAAUUAGUUUGAAAAUUACACUCGACUUUUAAAUAAUUGAGUAAGUCGAAAAAUACGACAUCCCUAUAUGCAGCUAUUGUGAAAGCUGACUUUUGACCCGAGGCCCGCAAGGCCUUGUGCCACAUACUAUUCGACUCAGUUCGUCGUGAUCGCAAAAUGUUUAUGUAACAGAAGAUGACUGAACCAAUUUUCUUAAAAAUGACGUUCAAAUGAAAGCUUAUUCUUGUUUAUUCGAAUCCGACUUCCAGUUCCGAAGAAAUCGGGUGCUGUGCGCCAAAAUUUCAAACCGUUUUUGUGUAAUGACGAGGCAAAACAAAAAUAAUAAGAUUUUAAAACCAGACUGAAAACCAAUUCAAUAUGAAGAUCUUGUUGAACGAUUGCCUUUUUUCUUGCAUUUAUUCAGUGGGAAGAUUUCGAUGAUUUUCACGCUCGCUUAUGAGAAGGCAUCAUUAUAUCAGUAGGUGGAUUCAAACAGGUAUUUUCAGUACACAGAACAUAUUCCAAACAUAUUUUUCUGUAUUCUGUCUAGCCAUAACCACUUUCCCUAAAAAUUAUUCAAGGCAUGAUUCAGUAAAUUGCUUUCGUUAUGACAUGAGAAUGACAUCAAAUUAGUUUAUCUUUUGUCUACACCCAAAGAGCAAAAGUUUAAAAGAAAGAUAGUUGAAUGAAAUAGUGAAAAUGAAACUUGCGAAAACAGUAUCACCCAGCGUGACAGAACUUCCAAGAACCUUCAAUGUGUGAAGAACUGCUCGGUGAUUGGGCUUUUCUGGUUACGUGGAGAAACCAAGACCAUAACGGAGAAAAUAUAGGCCCUUAUUACCGGUGUCACUACACGGUGAAAACCAAUUGAAGUGAUUGUGACCCUUAUUAUGGGUAUCACUUUACGGUGGAAAUCAAGUGAAGUGAAUGUAGGUCCUUAUUACGGAAGUAGGUUCAUAGACAAAAGUAAUUACUUGGAUGAACUUGAUGUCAUUAUGAACAUUACGCCACCAACAUUUUGUUGAAAAAAAUAGUUUUUUCCACCACAGUAACCUUUUCACUAUGCGUGAUACUGGUAAUAGGUAAAAUCAAGUGAAGUGACAUGUAAGUGAAGUGAAUGUGAAAGUGGAAGUGAGAACGGUAAUAAGGGCCAUAAUCAAAAUUUCGAUUGUAGAUUGAGAGAAAAGAGAACCCAAUGGUCAUGAACGUUAAUUGCGAUAUAAGGCCCCACUGAAUCCACGGAAAACUAUUGAUCUGACAUUCUUGUGAAAAGUUGAUCAUAAAACUUUUGUGCAAUGUUAAGGUGCAAAGUUUAUGAAUAGAUCAAUAUUAGCUUUAAACAACUAUUCGAAUCGAAUGUAAAAUAUGUUUUGUAAAAUAAAUUAUCGGGUUGUUUCUGAAAUGUUUUUUCCCGUCUUCAGGGUAGCUUAAUUGUAAAGCAGUUCCAAGAAGAGCAAUCAAGAUUUGGAGACUCGAGAUUCGCUUCUGGAGAUUAUUUUUCAAAGCAAGUUUCAUUUACGCUAUUUGUUACGUCUAUCUGAUUCAGUAUAUUUCAAGUUGGAUAUUUGAACAAACUCGGAUUUUUCUCGUGAUACACAGAAAAAUGAGUUUCCUGCCAAUAUCUAAUUGGUCGACAGAAAACACUAUGUAAAUUUCAGGCCUAGUCACAAGUCCACAGAUUAGUCGAUAAAAUCGUGGUUCGUCUUGCGUUUCUUCGCUUAUUCACUUUAGUUUUGGACGAAUCGGGUUAUCGAUGUUUGACAGUAGCAUCAAUAAUCGACAAAGAUAAAAAUCGAUUCACGCUGAUUUUUAACAGCAGUGAAUCGACUCUCAUAUUUUUUUGUAUCGAUGGGGAUCUAGAGUGAAUCAACAUCGUGCUUGAGGCACUCUUUUUUGGAUAAAUUUAAUGAAAUUUCGCUGAUUAAAUUCGACAUUUCAGUUCCAUUAGUUCACCAGGAAACGAAUGAUGGUCGUUUUGCUGAAGCGAAGCACGGAAAUAUUUAGCCUUUGUUCUUUUGUUUGCUUCUGAAUAAUUUUUCAUAGCUUAAGUAGCUACGAAAAUGUGUAUUUCGAUUGUCCAAUAAUCGAGCUAAUCGAAACUAGACUCUGGAUAGAAUUUUCUGAUAUUCGAUAAAGCAGGAUCAUAGUUUAACCUUAGUAAAAAUCAGUAAAUUUAAUCGACUCAACAAGGACAAAUGAAUGCCACUUCUAUUACAGUAUAUAGUCACUCUGAAGUUGGCUUAACCGCCACUUACGGCAAAAUAUACGACUACUCAUUCAAAAUAUUUUUCGCGGUUAGUGUGCAAUCACGAUUCCUAAUUCAGAUCGAUUUUCCAGAUGGCAAAUAUGGAGCUGGAAGUGUUUGCUGUUUUCAUGAAAAGAUAUUUCAUAGGCCAAUAUUAAUGAUUCUUGGUUACCUGGACAAGGCUUUCUGAACACUCUUGCGAAAGAUUACGAAGUCCAGUACCGGAAACAAAUUAAAUGCAAGGGACUUCGAUUAGUCUUUAAUGAUUGAAAUCUAGAAGUUUCAGAUUUGGCUGCUUAUUUGCGGUAGGAUUUACAUGAAUAUUUUGUUACUGAUCACAUCUAACAAUCCGUGACUCCAGAAUUGGAACUCUGAUCCAGAUGAAAUACACUAACAGCUUUUGAUUCUAAGCCUAAUCCGAGAAUAUAAAGUGCAUAAUUUUGUCACACAAAUGCACACUCUUGAACAGACAUUUUCAAAAUUUGACGAACUUUUUCGAAUGGUAUUUAAUAAUCGACCCUUCAGACAUCGGUUGAAGACUGGGUUUUCACGGUAAUCACAGUAGGCCCUGUAAUAUGAGAAAGAAAAACAAAAACAACAGCCCGAAUCCAUACAGCGUUCAUGUACGGUGAUUCGUUCAAUUGUGUUAUUUUUGGGACGCCAUUUGUAUGCUUGCAAUUUACAGAGCAGUUCUUCGGAUUUCCGAAACUUGGCAAGUUUGAGUCUAGCUUUUAGGGGAAACGUUUCACGCUAUUGAUUCUCUUUAUAGAUUUCAAACUGUUCAAACUGUUUCACUCUCAGAAAAAAAUUAAACUUACUUGUAAACUCCAUGUCGUGUCAUAAUUUCUUGAGUGAUGGCAGAAUAUUACAUCUAUUAACAUGUAAACUUUAAUUUGGUGUCUGUUACGAUGUCAACUUUAGCUCAAUUAACUUCACAUCGUUAAUGUUAUCAACCUUUUUUUCAUGCUUUGAAUUGUAAAUUUGAGUUAAUCGCGACGCUUCUUUCAUUUGCAUCUAUAGAGAUGUAUAUUUACACCAUUUUUUUCUAAGUGUGUAUGUCUCAUCAAAUUUUUUUGAAAAGCAAUUCCACUUAUAUUUGUCCGUUUGUUUAACCAAAUGUCAUGGUUUGUUACAUAUUCAACCUUAGUGACUUAGAAAAGAUAAACUAUAUCCAAACUGUUGACGUAGGACUAUACAUUUUAACCAAUAUUUCAUUCCGUAGAAGUAAACAUAAAAACCAAACGGUUAGUUUCGAUCGGAAGCAAGUCGUGAGUAAUUAUAGGACUUGGAAAGAAUCGACUAACAGAUUUUUUAUUGGAUGGUUAAAAAUUUUAUAUACACAUGAUGAUGCAAAUCCACAUAAUAUUUCAUUCACAAAAAGAUAUUCCGUCAAAUGAUUGAAUUUUACGAGAAUGACUAGAACCUGUGGCAAACCUUAAUACAUCAACGCAAGUUUAACACUUGCCAUGCUUAACACUCGAAUAUGUCGAUCCCAGAAGACGUAAAUUUACAUGAAUUUUGUGGAAAAUUAUUAAAAUUAUUGGUGGAAAUGGCGUUAAAAACAAAUCCGCCAAAUUUUUUUCGCUAACUUCUGCCGAAAAUGUAGGAAAUACAAAGUAAACUCAUUUACUCAAAUUGGUCGUCUCUGUUAGGGAAAGUCAUGCCACUGUCUUUGAAAAAUAAGUGAAUAUUGAUCGCUACUUGUGGAAUUUUCGUUCACUUGUCAAAAAAUAUAUAGUUUUAUCUACUUGAAUCGGUGCGUAGAUUUAUGUAUAUAAGCAAGUGAUUUCGAAUAUCUGUUCAAAGUUAAAAAGCAAUCUGAUUCUAAGCGUACAGAAUCAUAGUGCUACGAUCCUAUUGACACUAAGAAUCCUUCCAGGUCGGGGCUCGAACAUACGACAGCUUGUUUGUAAGAGCAGCGCCCUAAGCAUUGAACCGCCAACCCUGUUCAAUGUGGUUCAUUGAACAGAUGUUCAAAACCACCGUAUUUUAAACGUGUACUUCUUAAAAGAAAACGAAGUCGUACUUCUGCACACAUAAAAAAAUUAUUAUCAAAAGUUAGAUCAACUGGAAUUAACUGUUUGGUUUUGAAACAAUAGAAAAAAAACAUUACAAGAUUCAAGGUCUUUUGAUGACAACAAAAGAGUCCCGAACGACGCCAUCUCCAAACGCCACCCAAUGCGUGGUACUGUCAACUGUCCGCACCACACACCUCGAAAGAUUGGUCCUUCGGAAAAAAUAAAAUUAAAUGAAAAAAAAACAAUCGCAUUUCACGCUCUUAUUAUAAAGUCGUAGUCGUUGAAGUUUUAAGCCAAUAUUUUGUAGUGCGUAGUAAAAAAUCGAACGGGGUUCAAAUACCAAAUAGAAAUGGAAUGUGCGGAUCGCAUCUAGCAGUUCAUAACGAUAGAAGUAUAUAUUUAAACAAAACCAAAAAAAAAAACACAAAAACAAAAAAAAUCGAGUAGAGCGCAAGAGUGUGCAAUUAAAUAGCUAAGUUGGCAACAGUUCCGAACUGAGUGAAGCUCUAUCGCUGCGACCUUUUAUGUCUAACAUUGCAUACACAUUUUUUAUGAAACUGAUAAGGAAACGAUAAUUUAUAGAAACGGAAAGGGAGAUAAAAAAAUCUACAGGGUGAUACUGUUUUUCAUUUUAUCUAGUUACCAUUGGUAUGCAAAGCAGAACGAUGGAUCUUUUAAGCUAAAAACAAGUUAGGCAGCAGAAGAGAAAAAAAAAUUGAAACACAGAUCGAUUCCACCGACAGAAGCAAAACAAAACGAGAAACUAUUUCACCUUUGUUUAAAUUUCUACUGGUCGGGAGCGAAGAGCUAACCGGCAUUUUAGAUAAUUACUGGCACCGGGGGGAGAUUCGAUUCGAGCUCUGGCCUCAAGGCAACAAAACGGUGUUGCGAACGCGGAAUAAAAAUAUUCCUUAAUCAACGGAUUUGAAUCAACAACCAUCAAACUAUAAACAUAACAUAACAUCAGAAAGAAAAGAAAGUACAAUAACUAGCGGGACAAAAAUAAAGGUAAUUCACGCGGAAUGAUGACAUGAAUCGGACUAGGUUUAACUGUGUAGCGUAAGCAUAUUUAAUAAACAGUGAAUGUACACAAAUCUAUUUUACUGGACAGUAGAGGACAGGCAGAAAAAUAUAGAAAAAAAAACGAUAUAAAAACAAUGAUGUGUUAGUGUUGCUAAAAACUAUUUAUAUGAGCAUCGCCGAAGAAAGUAAAUACAAAGAAAAAGAAGAAAAAAAACGACUAAAUCAACCCUUUAUACGCGCAGAAAGAUACCUAUCCUAUGAAACACUUCAAUCGUAAUGUCAGUUAUUAUUCCUAAUCAAAAAAAAAUCGUACAGAAACAAAUACAACCGACUUUUUGUAAACGAAACCAUGAAUAGUCACACACACACUUACAGUGUAACACGCAGAAACUGAAGUAUAUCGCUAAGAAUAGUUUUUGAAAGUGAAAGAAGAGACUGAAUGUUUUAGAAAACGAAAAAAAACGAAGCUAAGAGUAUCGUUGAUAACCAAACCCGCAGGAUAACAAUAGAACAUUUCCCCCCCCCCCCCCCAAACAAAACGAAAAUCUCCGACGAUCGUGCACGGCUGCGCCGGAAGUAGACCAGUGGUCACGCGAAUCCUUUGCACACAUAUUCACGUACACACACACACACACAUACACUAACACACCGUCAUCCACAGUCGUUUAACUGGCGCCCGUCGUGGUGUGCGUCAAACCGUGUUUCGUACAGUUCGUUAAAACAACGUUCUCUUUUACUGUAACAAAAUACUAGAAUGAAUACGCAGAAGAAAAAAAAAGCGUAAAACGUGAAAAUAAUAUGAAAUAUGUUAUUCGGUAUCCGUGGUAACCGGCGUCAAAGCGUUGUUAUUUUAUGAAAUUAGCUGACCCAACAUUCACUCCGAACGAUACAAAAUCUAUACACGAGAAACACAUACACCGACACCGACUAUCGCAGUAAUCGCGUGAAUCAUCUCGCAUAGGUAAGCAACGUGUGCCAGGAAUGACGUGGACCAUCCCGUAAAUGGUCGGCGCCCGCCAAAAAACGGUUUACUAUCAUUAAUCGAAAAUCUUCAGUUGAGUUGUCAUUUUUUUUAUUUACUUUCUAUUCGAAAUAACACGCGACUAAAACUUGUAUUCUGGCAGCACUGAUAUAUAGAACAAGAGCAGAAAUAAAAAAAAACUCAGAUUCUCGUACUUUGAUGUCGUGAUGGGAAAGAAACGCAAGGCCUUCCAAAAUGGUACAAGAUGGAGAUAAUCAAGCGGAACGAUUUCGGUAGCAUAACGAACCUUUAAUAAUUACAACCAAACAAAAAAAAACAAAUAUAUAACAUUCGAUAUAAUAGUUUACUGAAGUAAAAAUCUCAAUUAUAACAUAAAAAAAACAAUGUCGUUAGAUUGCUCGUCGUCAAAAAACUAUGUUAUUACAACAAUCUGGAAACAACAUAUAUGAGGUUCGAUUGAAACAAAACAAAAAAUAAAAAAAAUACCAACAAUAUAUCUACCAGUAGAGAUCUAAAAUGAGAAAUAUAGAGAGCAAACAAUAUAACAUAAAAAAACAUGCUUAAAAUUGAUGUUGUAUCGUAUUAUCGUAUAUCCUGCGAACAUAAGUUAGCGUAGUGCAAAUUUCGGACACUCCGAAAAAAAAAGGAAAACAAAAUAGUAGACACAAACAUGAAAAGUCUUACUUACAACCGAACAGAAAUAAUUAAAAACAUCAAGUAAUCACGUAACGUUGUAGGUUUAAUCUUUUACGAAAACAAAAACUGCAAUUCUCACCAUAACAUAACCAACACACAAACUCAAACAUAUAGUAACAACAAACAAAAUUUAACAAAAUAUGGAACGCAAACUGUACCUGGUGUUAGAGCAAGAUUAUAAAAAAACAGGAAAUAUGUCAAACAAACCAAAAAAAAAAUACUAGAGCACGGCAACAACGCGUUAGUUGUUCGCGAUAGCGAAAUGAAAAGAAAACCCAUAUAUUUUUGUCGUCUUCUUCGAAACAUAGAACCUUAAAGCAAACAAACAACAACAAACUGUGCGCUAAAUGCAAAACCCGACAAAACAAAAAACAAAAAAGAAAAGGAUCUUUCAUCAACCGAGGAACAGCAACCAAAUAGUAAUCCAAAGUUAAAUAAAACAUUCUUUCAGACCAGUUUUAAUCUGACAAAUAACAAACAAAUGAAAAAAAAAAUAACAAAAAAGUACAUAACCGAUCACUAGCAUAGCGGAUGCGACGACGCACGUCCAUUCAGUCCUUCUAACCUUCGUAUUUCAAAACGAAACAAAAACUGAAGAAAAGAAGUAAAAGAAAAAACAUUCACAAAAACACACGGAAAGAAAUGAACUGUAGUAGGUGAUCUUCAAUUUCAACCAAAAAUAGGUCAAAAAUAGGCGAAACUCGAAAAAAAAACCGCAAGAAAGAAGCGUUAGUAAGGAUGUAAACAAGCAUACAAACAAAUCUAUAAAUAUAUACUAUCAACGGAGAGUACAGACAGUAUGUAUAUUCCACGGAAUGGAAGCGAAAAAUUGAAAAGUCUCUCGAUAACAUAAUGAUGCAAUAAACAGCAGAAAAGGA